AUGGGAAUAUUUCUAUCCAAACCAUCAAGCCAUUCCAGUUCGCCUGGAAAGAGCAAGCCUAAAGGCCGUACACACGGACUGACCGCUCACCAAAAGGCAACAGAAAAGGUCCACGGCAUUUCUCGCAGAAAAGGGGAACGAAAUCCAAAGAACUAUCGAUUAUGGGUCAACGAAGACUUGGUAAGUCCACAGCACAAGAACUAUAAACUAGCGACGGAAUUACCGCCUUUGGGCGCAAAAGGAAAGGAUCGGGAUAAGGCCGCCAGCAAGAGCAGUUAUAGCACAGGAAGUGGGAGCUUUGCACGAAGUGGAGGUAGAGGUGGAGGUGCAAGUGGUGGUGCUGGAUUUAUUCAGCCUGGUGGAGGGUUUGCGGGUGCUUCUAACAGACCUCCGGGUGGCCCAGGAGGAGGACCGGUGGUAAGUAUGCCAGGUGGACCAUCUCGGUCUAGAGGGAGUGUUUAA